AUGAGAGAAAUGAAGCAAAUCCACGCCCACGCCAUCACCCACGGCCUCGCUGGCUUCGCCUUUGUCGCAAGCAAACUCCUAGCCUUCUGCGCCCACGCCGAACUCCGCUACGCCCUCACCAUUUUCACGCACAUCCCCCUCCCCACCGUCUUCGACUACAACGCCAUCAUAACCGCCUUCUCCCGCCGCCACCACCUCCACCGCGCCGCCUCCCUCUUCCCCCAAAUGCUAAACGACGUCGUCCGCCCCAACGCUCGCACCUUCGCCCUCCUCCCCAAAGCCUCCCCCUCUCUCCCCUUCCUCCUCCAGCUCCACUCCCACAUCCUCAGGCGCGGCCACGUCACCCACUUCCACGUCAUCUCCUCCCUCCUCAGCGCCUACUCCAGCCUCGGAGCCACGCGCGUCGCGCGCCGCGUGAUCGACGAAAGUCCCCACGCCAACGACGUGUUGUUUAGCGCAAUGGUGUCUGGCUACGUCAGAAAUGGCCUCUUCCGCGAGGCGAUUGAGCUCUUCCGCGACCUCAAGGCGUUCGUGAAGCCGAACGGGUCCCUCUUGGUGAGUGCUCUCAGCGCGUGUGCAGCUAUCGGUGCGUUUGGAGAAGGGAAGUGGAUUCACGCCUACGUGGACCGACAACACGGGGUAGAGAAAUAUGAACUCCACCUCGGAACUGCGUUGAUCGAUUUCUACACCAAAUGCGAGUGCAUGCAACCGGCCAAGGAAGUAUUCGGUAAGAUGAAAACCAAAGACGUUGCUGCGUGGAGUGCUAUGAUAUUGGGCUUGGCUAUUAACGCCAGGAACCGCGAGGCGCUUGGGCUGUUUGCGGAGAUGGAGAAGGUUGGGCCCAGGCCCAAUGCGAUUACUUUCAUUGCGGUUCUCACUGCGUGCAAUCAUAGAGACCUGUGUGGUGGUGCCAUGAGGAUGUUUAGAUAUAUGAGUGAAAAAUACGGCAUUGUGGCGUCGAUUGAGCAGUAUGGAUGCGUGGUUGAUGUUUUGGCUCGGAGUGGGGAAAUUGAAGAGGCCUUUGCGUUUGUUAAGAGUAUGCCAGUGGAAGCGGACGGAGCCAUAUGGGGGUGUUUGCUGAAGGGGUGUUUGUUGCACGGUCAUGUUGAGUUGGGACACAGGGUUGGCGAGUAUUUGGUGGAGUUUGAGCCUGGGCAUAGUGGAAGGUACGUUCUUCUGGCGAAUGUGUAUGCGAGUGUGGGAAAAUGGGAGCGUGUUUUGGAGAUGAGGAAAUUGAUGAAAGAGAGAGGUGUGCCACCCGUUUUUUCUUGGAGUUUCAUAGAGAUUGAUCAAACUGUUCACAAGUUUGUUGUUGAUGAUAGGAGUAGCUCUUAUUCCGGAGAAGUGUAUCGAGUAUUAAACCACCUGGGAAGGAAACUUGAGGAUUAUUCCAAAGCAAAUGAUUGUUUUCUGAUACCAUGAUAACCUUCCACCGAUCCUCUGGCUUAUGGAGGCGGGUUUGUUUGAUUGUUUCCGAGGAGUU